CUGGCCACGUGGUUAGAGGAUGACCAAUCAGGCGCCUCUCCAGGUUUAACUAUGUUAAAUGUCAGAUUGCAAUAAACUAGAAGCUGUUGGUCGGGCCCGCGGAAAUGGGCGAGCAUAAUCUCCUUAAUCCAGGGUUUGUGGGACCUUUGGUAAACAUCCACACUGGAGACACAUUUUACUUUCCGAAUUUUAGAGCCUCAGGGGGACAACUGGCGGGGCUACCGUCUCUCUCCUACCCGAGAAGGGACAAUGUUUGCUCCCUCCCGUGGAAUCCUUCGGAGCCGUGCAAUGGAUAUUCUCAAUCCUACUUUAGCAGCCCCGUGUCCAUUAACCCUUCCUUCAAUCGGUCGUGUGAAAUUACUAGACCAGAAGACGGUAAAUGUUAUUACAACAACGGCAACGGGAACAGAGAGACCUGUUCAGGUGGCAGCAGCCUCAAACGAGAGGAUAGGGCGAGAGACACAUCAUCCCUAACAUCUGACCACGGGAUGCACAGUGGAAUUGGCAGCAGUGCCGCCUUUUCCAAAUAUGAUUAUGGGACCGAGCAGCUAACGCAAGACCCGCCAUCCUGUCAGUCAAUGGAGUCCGACUCCAGCUCCUCUCUGCUCAACGAGGGCAGCAAGCCUUCAUCCAGCGACACACAGACCCUGGUGUCACCGGGAAGCCAUUCAAGCAACAUAGCCGCAGGCGGAGGUGCCCCGUGGUACCCGAUGCACACUCGGACCAGAAAGAAGCGCAAACCUUAUUCCAAACUUCAGCUGGCUGAGCUAGAAGGUGAAUUCAUGCUGAAUGAGUUCAUCACCAGGCAGCGGCGGAGGGAGCUCUCCGAUCGCCUGAACCUCAGCGACCAGCAAGUCAAGAUCUGGUUCCAGAACCGCAGGAUGAAGAAGAAGAGACUCAUGCUGAGGGAGCAAGCUUUGGCCUACUUUUAGAGAUGCGGCAGAAGGUGAAUCAAUAGGCAGUAAAAGCCAAGCCUUCUACGCUCCCUUAGGUCUUCUUUCAAUGCAUGCACUCAUAUCCAUCUUUUACAUUGCAGGCGAUUAUUACACCAUUUUCUGAUAUUUUUUUUUUCUCAAAAGGUGCGGGCUGAAAAAGCCCAAAACAAUCCACUUUGUCAUCCAAAGGCGCACUCUAUAUGUCAGUGAGCCUUCAUGUUUGGCAUAAUCGCACAAAAAGCUGUGAGAAUGUGUUUUCUGUGUAGGUUGAUUUUUAUGAUCUGUUAAGAGAUUGUACGCCAUAUGUGUAGAUCACGCGAAAUGUGUCUGCCAGAAAAUAUCUUUUUGGGAUGACGCAUAGUGACAGUGGGCUUUUUGUUAUUUGUUUUUAGUCAGAAAAAAAUAAAGCGGGGUUAAGUAGGGUUUAAAAAAUAAAAAUCAGAAAAAGAAGCGUGGAGCGCAUCCGCGCAACAUUUUCUCUGAAGUUACGAACUGAUAAAGAAGAAUAAGAAGAAUCUCCCUCUCAGUUGCUUUAACUUCCACAUCCAUUAUUUGUUGCGUUAAAGGAGCAUAAUCUUUAUCUCGUUUCUAUAGUUUUCACCAAGUUUGUGAGCACGUUCACGGUCACGGGCAGGAAACGUGGAAGUCUGGAGUCAGCAUGAGGAGAGGGAGGACUCAAACCACAAUCUAAUCUAUAUGAUAUCUUUAUGACUGCGCAUUGAAAAAUUAACUGCCAUGACUCGGCCCAUGUGCAAACAAGUUUCUAAAGGUAUUUUGUGUUACUUUUAUUACCUUUCAACUUGUCUUAUCAACAACCACUGAUUCCUGCAUGGGUUUCAUUCUUCGUUGAGUGAGAUCACCGUUUGAAAACGGCUUGGAGCUGCUAUUAAAAAUUUCACGUACAGUGAAAAAAAGAAUCGUGUAAUCCACAAUAAACAAAGAUCACAAGGAUCUGUAAUGGAAAGACUCAACAGUAUAACUACAGUAGUUUAUCUGUAAGUAUUACUCAACUAAAGAAGGGAAUCGCCUAAAGUUGCGACAGUAAGUUUUUUAGGCCUGAAAGAGCAUUUCUGAAACAUGGUGCUUAUGAUAAAAAUAAAUAUGUAGAAAUUUAGAGAUUUUAAUUAUAGGCCUACGUAUGUGCCCCCUUAAUUCGGGGCGAUGCAGUGCAUUAUCUGUCAUGUAUAAUGAGUAAGCUAUAGCAGUGAAAUGUUUGCAGCAUGUUAUUGAUGUGAAAUAGCUAUAAGUCAUGUUCUGCGGGCCACUUUUUCUGUAGGUGACUUUUUAUACUUUUUUUCCCUUUUUUUGAACAAAUCAAAAGUCAACAGCCUAAACGGUUUGACACAGACGUCUAGAAAGAAUGUAUUAUUAUUAUUAUUAUUAUUAUUAGGGUGGAAGGACGGAAGGUCUAUUAGGCCUACUUAAUGUACUUGCUCCUUGCAAUGUGCUCAGUGUUGUCCCUUACCCUACCUUGUACUCGUGUAUAACUUUGUAAAAUGAAAUUACAUAUGUUAGUAUUUGCAUCCUGUUUGAGGAGCCCUUAUCGCUAUGUAAUAGUGCUUUUCUCUUAUUGGUCGUCUUGUACAAUAUCGCAUUCCAUAUUUCCUAUUUGUGGUUGUAAGAGUUGGGGAUGUAGGCCAAAACUAUAUACUGCCAAGAAUGGGUAUAAGAAAUGGUAUGUAAUUUUUUUUACAUUUUAUUUUACCAUUCAUGACAUUUAAAGAAACCCUCUUUCAGUGUAGUAGUUGUUUAUCGUUCUUUUAUGUCGCCCCCCACUGCAUUCCUUUCUUUGCGCUUAUAAGGAUUGCUACCUUGUCUUGUAAAAGUAAUAAUGAUAUGAAUGUAUAUGCGUAAGGUCUUCAAUAAACAAAAUAUUGAAACGUU